AUGGGGGACUUGCAAACUUUGGCAAAGGCCAGGAUGGAGCUUGAAGAACUGUAUCUGGGAAUCCCAGAUGACUCCGUUAAUCUCACUUUCCAAGACCUUGCAGAUAUGAAGCCAAAGGCAAACGCUUCCGAGAAGAACAAAUCUACAAGCGUGGAACCCCUUCAAGAAGCCAAAAAUCCAAAACAAGCAUCACCCUUGACCAAAUCCAGCCUUGAUUUCAACAGAGGCCAGCAAGCGACCGAAGAUCACAGCUAUUAUCACCAUAAGCAUUAUCUUGAACUUGGCUAUGAAGAUGCCAACUUUGUUUCACACAUGGACAUGGGUCACCAUCAUCAUCAUCAUCACCCCCGUCAUCAUGAUGGUGAAAACAUGCAUGCAUGGGAUGGUCAUCGAUAUGGUACUGGUGAUCAGAGUCAUCGUAGCCAUGCAACUAGUCCAAGAGGUCUGGCAGAGUUUAGGCAUGGCGUGGAGAGAAGCGUGGCCUACGAUGAUGUAAGCGUCAUAAGCAUGGCUUCUAACUAUCCAGAAAGAGGGCAAAGGCACCGGCCCGGGAUUCCUCACUCCAAUAUAUGCACCAUCUGCACUACUUCUAUAUACAUCUUCCGACAUCGAUGCCUGGUUUGUGGAAGGGUUUAUUGUAGGCAAUGCGUAUGUAUAGGCAUGGGAGAAAUGACAGAGGGUAGAAAGUGCAUUCUCUGUCUGGGGAGGAGAUUCAGCCAAAGGUACAUAAAAAGAGCAGGAAAGAUGGGUUGUUUUUCGAGGUAUCCAAGUAGCGUGAAGGAAGCAGAGCUCAAGUGGGCAGAGAGAGGGCCUCGGAGGAGCGGGGAGAGAGCAUAUGGGCGCAGUGCCAUGAUGCCAAGAUCAAGAAGCCCCACAAAACCAAGGACUCCAACCAGGGCUCAUGCUACAAGUGCCGCCCCAUCUUUUGUCGCAAGCUCACCCGCCUAUUCCCCUUACACUCCUACUCAUCACCACCUCCCCUUAUAG